AUGGCGGACCUCGCAGCCAGCGGCGAGCUGAACCAGCCCGUCCUCAACCUCACGCCCGAGGAGAAGCGCGUGUUCCAGCACCUCUUCCACCAGGCCGACACAGAGAAGCUCGGCGUCAUCACCGGCGAGAUCGCCGUCAAGUUCUUCGAGCGCACCAAGCUGGCCCCGGCCGUGCUGGGCGAGAUAUGGCAGAUCGCAGACACGGAGAACCGCGGCCUGCUGACCAUGGCCGGCUUCUGCCAGGUCCUGCGCCUCAUCGGACACUACCAGGCCGGCCGAGACCCCUCGCCUGAGCUGGCCUACCGACCUGCCCCGCUCCCCAAGUUCGAAGGCCUCUCCGUGCCUGCUGCCCCGCCCGCUGCGCCUGCCUUCUCCCCCCAGACCACGGGGCCCAUCCAGCCUCAGGUCAGCGGCCAGGGCCCCAUCCGCGUCCCGCCGCUCGUCCCUGCCAAAGCCGCCGAGUACGCGGGUCUGUUCGAGAAGUCGGGCGCGGUCAAUGGCGUGCUCUCCGGCGAGAACGCAAAGGAGAUCUUCGAGAAGGCGAGGCUACCCAACGAGGUCCUCGGUCGCAUCUGGAAUCUCUCCGACACGGAGCAGCGCGGUGCCUUGAACGUGACCGAGUUCAUCAUCGCCAUGCACCUUCUUGCUUCCUACCGCACAGGCAACCUGAAGGCUCUGCCAAACACCUUGCCCCCCGGCCUCUACGAAGCCGCUUCUCGACGCGGCGGUCUGCCACCUCCCCCGGGCCGCCCAGACCAAGCCUCCCUCCCUCGCCAGUUCAGCGGCCAGCAGAACGCCCCAAGGACUGCGAGUCCUCUGGGGAGACAGCCGCCCUUUGGACCACCAGCGCCAGCACCGCAGGUGCAGACGGGCAGCGACUGGCUCAUCAGCCCGCAAGAAAAGGCCUCGUACGACAACCUGUUCAAGGGCGUCGACACAAUGAGUCGUGGCUUCAUCACAGGCGAGCAGGCCGUGCGCUUCUUCAGCGACUCUGGCCUUCCCGAAGACAUCCUUGCAGGCAUCUGGGACCUUGCGGACAUCAACUCGGAGGGCCAGCUGUCCAAGGACGAGUUCGCUGUGGCCAUGUACCUGAUUCGACAGCAGUGCAAGGGUGCGCAGCUGCCCACAACCCUACCUUCCAACCUCAUCCCUCCGAGUCUGCGAACACGGGCCAACCAGCAAGCGCCUGCUGUUGCGCCACCUCCCCCUCAACCCAAAUCCGCGGCCGACGAUCUUUUCGGCCUGGACGCCUUCUCUGCUCCCGAGCCUGCGUCACCACAGCGAGCCAUGGAGACCGCCGGCUCGGCUGCCUUUGGCAAGCCCUUUGACAACGAUCCUUUCGCGAGCAAGGCUGCAUCGCCAACGUCUUCGGCACCGUUCCAGCCACAGCCGCGCAACCCUGCCUCGACGUUCAAGCCUUUCUUGCCUACCUCCUCCUUUGGUCAGACGCUUACCUCUCACUCGACGGGUCAGUCGGGGACCUCCCAACGCAACCAGCCCUCGACUCUGGAUGACCUCUUGGGCGAGAGUGAUCCCGAGCUCAACAAGAAGCUCACUCAGGAUUCGACCGAGCUGGCCAACAUGUCCAACCAGAUGACCACACUGAGGAACCAGAUGCAGGAGGUGCAGAACAAGCAAGAGGCUACCCAGAGCGAUCUCAACAGCGUGACAAGUCAACGACGGGAUCUCGAGGCUCGCCUGUCCCAGUUCAAGACACAAUACGAGCAGGAAGUCAAGGCUGUAAAGGCACUCGAGGACCGUCUGGCUGCUUCGCGCAACGAGACACGCAAACUGCAACAGGAUGUUGCCAUGCUGGAAGGAACCUACCAGGACCUGCAGACCCAGCAUCGUCAAGUCGGCGGCGCGCUCGAGGCGGAUCAGCGUGAAAAUGCCAACCUCAAGGAACGCAUUCGCCAGCUCAAUGCUGAAGUCGCCCAGCUGCGCCCUCAACUCGAAAAGAUGAGGACGGAUGCACGACAGCAGAAGGGCAUGGUCUCCAUCAACAAGAAGCAGCUGACCACCAAUGAAGGAGAGCGUGACAAGAUCAAGAAUGAGAUGAACGACCUGAGCAGGGCCGCCGAGGAGGCCGCACGAAGCCCACUACAGCAGGCAACACCAGCGGUUGCCAGCCCUGCCGCUUCCGUAACCAGCCAGUCCACGAACCCGUUCUUCCGCAGGUCGCCUGCGCCAACCUCGGACAACGCAAUGUCUCCCUCAGGCUUCACCCAAGGACCGCACAAGGACUUUGACAGCGUCUUCGGCUCUUUCGCUCCUGCACAGAACACGCCUCCACCUGUAUCUUUCCGUGCGGAAAACCAGAGCAACGUCCCCAACUUCUCCGCUCCUUCUGGACAGUCUGUUCGCUCGUCCGACGGCCCUGAUGUCCCUACGCCUUCCACUUCCCCUCCUCUCUCGUCGUACCAGGAAUCUCCCCGUGGUGUCGAGCCACCGGCUGCUCCCGAGUCUCGCCAGUUCACCUCUUCCUUCCUGCCGCUCAGACAAGACGUACCGCGCUCCGACUCGUUCAGCUCUUCCGUCAAGGUCUCUGCGCCCGCUAGCCGAUACGGUGGCCCCGGUGCUCCCGGUCAGGAGACUCCUACCAUCUCGAAAGCCUCGCCCGCCGGCACGCCUGUACUUGAAAAGGCUACUCUGGAACGAAGCGAGACGAACCGCACGGAGACUGACAGAUUUGGCCCUUCCCUGUUCGACCGUAACUUCUCCACCGCCUCGCCUGUCGCUAGCGUGACCAGCGACACUCAGCGUUCCACGAGAGCUGAACCGCAACGCCAGGACACCUUCUCCAGCUUUGGUGCUCCUUCUGCAGCGAUUCAGGACAUUCCAGGGGCCUUUCCUCGUGAUGCGCCUACGCCUCUUCAGCAGAACCCCACCGGCGACAGCAGCUUCAGCAACCAAAGCAAGAACACCAACCGCGCCGAUCCGUUUGGAAGCACGACCAGCGAGAGCUCCCGUCCCGGUGGCAAGGUUGACUUUGACUCUGCCUUUGCUGGCUUUGGAUCUAGCCGCCAGAACACCGCUUCUGGCUCUGCUGCCAACGGCUCCACAGACAACUCGAACCGGUUCAACAAGGAAUUCCCACCAAUCGAGGACCUUACCCACGACGAUGAGAGCGAUAGCGACAACGGACACGGCUUCGAUGACAACUUCACUGCUGCAUCACCCCAGCAAAAGCGUAGCAGUGUCGGUCAGCAGUCGUCACAACAGCUGCCGCAGCCGCAGCCGCAGCAGCAGCGCCCAGGUACUGCGUCGACGGACGAGCUUUACAGGUCGCCUCCUCCCCCAACCACGCGUCUCGACUCGAACCUCGGCGGUCUGCCGUCCGCAGAUGCGCAGAAGCCGCCGCCAGCAUACGACUCGACGGUCGGCCAGCGCAGUGGCUCAACCCAAUUUCCUCCCGAGUUUGGCGGUCUGCUGCCCUCGCGUGAGGUCCCCACUUCGCCGACUACCUCGCAAUCGCCCGAGAAGUCCUUUAGCCCCGCUGGUGGCCAUGGCGCCGCUCUCUUCGGUGGUCCUUCGUCGAAGCCAACAGCGGCAUCGCCGCCACCGAAUGACACGCCGUCAUCGACUGUCCCAUCCGAUGCCUACCACUCUGCUGUGUCGUACGGCACCAGCGACAACAAUCAAGGUCCCUCUGCGCCCGCGAACCAGCCUCAGCUUCAGAGAUCGGUCUUCAACGAUGACUUCGACGCUGGUUUCGACGAUUUGACCGACGCCAAAGAAGACGACAAGGCUGAUGACGACUUCAUGUUCUCCUCGCACCAACGUGACGAGCUUGAUGAGUUCAACCCUGUGUUCGACUCUCCUGCAGCAUCCAAGUCAAACACCAUGGCUUCACAGCAAACCCCUACCGGCAAGCCGCGUGGUGACGACAGCUUCAGCGACUUUGAGCACUUGUCGCACAGCUUUGGCCAGCCUCAGGCACCCCAGCCUUCCUCCUCGACCCAGGACUGGGACGCCAUCUUCUCGAACCUCGAGUCUUCGCAGAACGAACAGUCCGGGCACUCUCAGCAACCGUCGACGGGUUUCAGCAAGUCUGUCUUUGACAGCCUCGACAACGAAGAUGCUGGAGCGUCGUCGUCGAAGCAGGGACACUUGUCGCCUCACUCGCCACAGAUGCCUCAGUUGGGCCGUGCGAUCAGCAGCGGCACCGAGCAUGACGACCCCAUCCUGAAGAAGUUGACUGGCAUGGGAUACAGCCGCAACGAGGCUCUGGGUGCCUUGGAGAAGUUCGACUACGACAUCAACAAGGCCACGGAUUACUUGGUCUCUGGGCAGCAGUAA